AUGGAGACAGUUGCCGAGCUCUGUGCACUGUGCACAGCGGGGGACGGACCAGCGGGAACCCCACUGGAUUCCGUUCUAUCCUUUGUGGCGCAAAGAGCAGCACGCAUGGCGUUGCCUUAUAUGUCUGCUGUGGAAAGGGGUACUCUGACGUUGCAACUUAUUUCCGCGGGCGGCCUCCAGCACGGCGCCUGCCGCCAGCUUCUUUUCCAAGAGCUCAGUCCACCGUACAGCACUGCAGCCAUUGUGCGUCGGAGUCACGAGCUAUACAUAAAGGCUGCUGAACGGACGCUGGCGCUUGACGACAAUGUGAACGCAACCAUGGUGUCACAAAGGAGCAGGGGCACCUUGCCGCAUCUCUCCCUCUUGAGGAAGAGUUUGUCUGCGGAAAGGAACCUGCCGUCCGUUGAGUUCCGUGGAGAAGACGCGGAACGGUUGCUGUCUGCACUGCUUCUGUCGUGGAAUUUGUCAAAUGUGGCGUCACCGUCGCCGCAUACGUGGUUACUUGAAGACAUUCCCCCGGGUCUCGCCACAUACCUUACGCUGCACUGUCCUGCACGCACGCUGCAACUCCUUCGAACGACAAUAGUGGGGUUGUCGGUACCACAAACGUGGCGCGAGUUAUGGCGACACGUUUUUGUUUUUGCUCCGGACGCCGAUGCCACCGUUGACACGAUGCACGGGCUGCUGAAUGAAGGGAUCUGUGCAGACUUUUGGCCAUUGGCAACACGUGUGUUUGUGCAUCCCCUUGCUGGUGCUGUAGGUGAUGACGGGGCUGAGAAGGAUCAGCUGGCGACUUUGGAGGGCCCCUCCACGUUUUUGACGCAUGCCUUGUUGUGUAUGUGGUUAGGCGAGAUUAAGCACGAGUGCGACAUGACAGGACUGGAAGCUCCCCCAGCAGAGACGGAGGUUGUGAAGGAGGCUUCUUCAUUUUCGGUGCCUCCGCUUUUAUCAUCUUCAUUGCAGUCGGCGUCGGCGGUGGUAGAUGUUUCCUGGCGUCGGGCCUUGAUGUAUGGGCUGCGGCUGGUUGAAAUGGACGGGGCGUGUGACUCUCAUGGGGAGCCGCAGCGGAAGUGUGCGGGUGCAGUUCAGGCGGCAUAUGGGUUGCUCCUUUCGCUCUAUCAUGGUCACAGCAUGGCUUCGCAUUACGUGCGUGGUGCCCUGGACCACCCGGAUGUCACACUUUUUGUGCCUUCCUUCGAGGACCUAAACGGGGCGAUAAGAGAGGGGGACCAAUGCAGUGGUGGCGAGGGCCACUGCGGCAGCUCGGCGUUUUUAGCUGCGUUGGCGCUUCGACUACCCGCUGCGCAGCUGUAUAUAGCAGAGCGUGUCUGGCGGCAACUUGAAACCCUGGCGACACCCGGUGAGGCGGAGACGCGUGAGCGGCAGGUGGCUGAGGUCGACGCCCGACUGCGGGUUCUGCUGAACAGCUUUGCUUGCAGCGACCUCCCGCUGGAGACGACUCAGGAGAGAAGGGGCACUUCUGCUCCGCUAGUCGAUGCAACCGCGACGGCAUUGGGGGAGGGGCUACAGAAACGGGAAGAUACCCCUCGUCUGACGAUGCGGCUCAAGCGCACACGCGCCGAGGAGCCGAUUCCCCACCCGCGGGGUACGAGCGGAAAAGAUGGUGCGAACCACAACAGUCAGACACGGAUGCCCCCCACAACGUCCGAUAUUGCUCUGGCAACUUCGUUGCUCCGAAACGCAUUGAUUGACUUUGCGGCGGAGGAAAUUGCUCUGUCUCUUACUUCCCCCAAUUCGUUGACGCUGGUAUCAGCAUUUGCUGCAGCACAAGACGGCCGACUCUCCGCCAGCACCGCACGCUUGGUGCUUGUGAUGCCACCGCACAUGAAGUCGUUCGUGGGAUUAUUUUCGGCUUUUGCUUCCUCAUCAUCGUGCUCACUGGUGGUACAUGACGUUUGCUGCGUUGUCAUGUCUGUGUUGUUGUAUCGUCAGUGCUACGCGUUGCAAAGCUGGCUUCUGCGAGAGGCAAAAAAUGGGCUGAAAGCGGCAGUGGUAGGUCACUUUGUGUGGCGCGUUCGUCGAUGGUUGCGAUUUCUUGCCCCUUUGGGCGUGUUUCGUUACACUCCUGUGGCAGACGUGCUGCUUCCCGAAUGCCUGCGGGAAAUGGCGAGGCAGGAGGCCAAAAGCACGGACUACGGGUCGGAUGCGUCGGUCUCCGCGUUCCUGGAGGAGCUGUGUGGUGCUGUCAUGAGUGCCCUCUGA